AUGACCUUCGAGCUCAGCCCUGACGCGCGCAUGUCCGUCUCCCUGGAGUGCGACAACGGCCUGACCAAGCGGUACCGCCUUGACGCCCUUGAGGCCGACAUCCUCCACGCCAGCGUGGACAAGGACGCAUUCCCCACCAGUGCUGUGGCUGAGGCCGCGGAGCUCAACAAGUAA